CGCCAGUGCGCUGGAGCGCCGUUGCCCCGCUGAGCUGUGCGGCGCGGGCCGUGCGAGCUGCCGCCUGCGCCCCGAGCGGAGCGCGGCCAUGCCCGGGCCCUGGCACUAGCGCGCUGCCGCAGCCUCUUCAAUGGGCAACCUGCUCGGCGGGGUCAGCUUCCGCGAGCCCACUACCGUGGAGGACUGCGACUCCACCUGGCAGACCGACUCGGAGCCCGAGCCCGACCCCGAGCCCGAACAGCCGGGGCCGGCAGGCGGUGGCGAGGGCCAGGAGCACGACGACCCGGAGCAGCCCGAGCAGCUUCCCGAGAGAGCCGGAGGGCGGCCCCGCGCCAGCCCCGUGCCCGAGGACCACGCCGAGGCGGCGGGCGCCGAGCAGGGUGGUGAUCCCACGGAAGCAACUGCCAAACCAAAGAGGAGCUUCUACGCUGCCAGGGAUUUAUACAAAUACCGACAUCAGUACCCACAGAACUUCAAAGAUAUCCGCUAUCAAAAUGACUUGAGCAACCUUCGCUUUUAUAAGAAUAAAAUUCCAUUUAAACCAGAUGGUGUUUACAUUGAAGAGGUCCUAAAUAAAUGGAAAGGAGACUAUGAGAAGCUGGAGCAUAACCACACUUACAUUCAAUGGCUUUUUCCCCUGAGAGAGCAAGGCUUGAACUUUUAUGCUAAAGAAUUAACUACAUAUGAAAUUGAGGAAUUCAAGAAAACAAAAGAAGCAAUCAGAAGAUUCCUCUUGGCCUAUAAAAUGAUGCUAGAAUUUUUUGGAAUAAAGCUGAUUGAUAAAACUGGAAAUGUUGCUCGGGCUGUAAAUUGGCAAGAAAGAUUUCAACAUCUGAAUGAGUCGCAGCACAACUAUUUAAGAAUUACACGAAUUCUGAAAAGCCUUGGUGAGCUUGGGUACGAGAGUUUUAAGUCUCCUCUCGUAAAAUUCAUUCUCCACGAGGCUCUAGUGGAAAACACUAUUCCCAAUAUUAGGCAGAGCGCUCUGGAGUAUUUUGUAUAUACAAUUAGAGACAGAAGAGAGAGGAGAAAGCUCCUGAGGUUUGCCCAGAAACACUACACACCGUCGGAGAAUUUCAUCUGGGGACCGCCUAGAAAAGACCAGCCAGAGCGAAGCAAAGCCCAGAAAGCUCCUACUCUGCCCACUUCAGGUUCGAACAGUCAAACUUCUAUGCACAAGAAAUCUAAGGACUCCAAAAAUUCCUUAGUAGCUAGUCACCUAACUAGCAAAACUGUGGAAGAAAAGAAGGGGGCCUCCAGAGAGACCGGGGAGGAGACAGACAAGCCAAGCCCGGAGCCCUGCAGUGAAGAUACCAAGCCAAGAAACACAGAGAAAGAAGACAGUGCUUCUGACGAGUCAAAUCCCCCACCCGAGGAGAAAACAGUAACAGAGACCACAGGAAAAGGGGCGUGUCCAACUUCUUCUGAAAGCAUUAGAGAGGGGGAAACCCAGAGCAAAGACUUGGAAAAUCCAGAAAACACCAGUUGCCAAGAUGAGGUAGAGUCACAGUGAAUUGUCCCAAACCCACAAACCAGUUCCCUUUGAGGGAAUAAAAAAGUUGUCUAAUUUAUCCUGAAGAACAGAGAUGAGGUCAUGUAUAAGAUGUUAGCCAUCUGUAACUUUUGUUAUAAGCCCUUGGUUCUUGCUUUUGGAUCACAAUGAAAUUGGAUAUUUAGUAAGAAAAUUGUAAAACCGGAUCCAAUAAAAGAUUAUAUUUA